AUGGACGACCUGUACGACGAGUUUGGCAACUUCAUUGGAGAGCCCGAGGAAGACAGCCAAGAGGAAGAUGGCAACACCUUCGAUGGAGCGCAAUACCUUGACGAUGAUGAGGGAGAUGCGCAAUCCGCCGGCGGAGCUGGGGACGAGCUGAUGGAUGUGGACGAGGAAGGCCCAUCCAAUGCAGUCGUCCUACACGAGGACAAACAAUACUAUCCUUCGGCGCAACAAACAUACGGCCCGGAUGUGGAGACAUUGGUGCAAGAGGAGGACACGCAGACAUUGCAACAGCCCAUCGUCGCGCCGAUCGAGCAGAAGAAGUUCACAAUCGAAGAGGAGGAUCUUCCACCAGUCUACUUCGACCGCGCCUUCUUGUCCGAUCUCGUCAACUUCCCGGCGCAAGUGCGAAAUGUUGCCUUGUGCGGGCAUCUCCACCACGGCAAGACGAGCUUCCUCGAUACCCUUGUGCAGCAGACACACGACACGUCAAAACUGUUGCACGGUAAGCAUGGCAGAGCGCGAGAGGAGCAGUUGCGAUAUACAGAUACCCACAUCCUCGAGCGAGAACGGGGUUUGUCGAUCAAGGCUUCGCCGAUGAGUCUGGUAUUGCCAGGCACCAAGGGAAAAAGCCAUUUGCUGAACAUCAUCGAUACUCCCGGACACGUCAAUUUCGCCGACGAGGUUGCCGCUUCUCUGCGACUGGUCGACGGUGUCGUCCUGGUAGUCGAUGUUGUGGAGGGAGUGCAAACCACGACUGAGCUCGUCAUCAAACACGCUAUACUCGCUGGCCUGCCGCUUGUGCUCUUAAUCAACAAGAUGGACCGCUUGAUCUUGGAGCUCAAACUUCCCCCAACCGACGCCUACUUCAAGUUGAAGCACGUCGUCGAAGAGGUCAACACAGCCAUUGAAAACGCCGUUCCUGGCCGCGGCGAGAAAUUCCGAGUCAGUCCCGAGAGAGGCAACGUCUGCUUCUCGUGCAGUUCCAUGGACUGGUGCUUCACCCUCCCCUCCUUCUCCAAGAUGUACGCCGAGAGCUAUCCCAAUGCUCAGUUCAACAGCCACGAAUUCAGCAGGAGGCUUUGGGGCGACAUCUUCUUCAACCCGCGAUCACGAAAGUUCACCCGCAAAGCAGUGGAGGAGCGCGCGAAGCGAAGUUUCGUCCACUUUGUCCUCGAACCGAUCUACAAGCUAUACUCCCACACCAUCUCCGAAAGUCCACAAGAUCUGAACAAGACGCUGCAGUCGCUGGGCGUGUUCCUCAAGCCCACACAGUUGAAGUCGAACGCGAAAGAUUUGCUUCGAAUGGUCUGUGAGCAGUUCUUUGGUCCGGCAUCUGGCUUUGUCGAUAUGAUUGUCGAUCAUGUACCCAGCCCGGUGGAAGGCGCGAAGCAGAAGCUGGAUAAUUAUUACACCGGGCCAUUGGAUUCGCAGACGACAAAAGCCAUGCUGGAAUGCGACUCGGAUGGUCCGCUCGUCGUUCACGUGACGAAACUGUUCAACACUCAGGAUGCGCAAGGAUUCACCUCCUUUGGCAGAGUGAUGAGUGGCACCGUACGGCCUGGAGACAAAGUGCGGGUACUUGGUGAAAAUUAUAGCAUUGACGACGAAGAGGAUAUGGUCAACGCCACCAUCGAGCAAGUCUGGAUCGCGGAGAGCAGAUACAAUGUCCCCACGUCUGGAGUACCCGCGGGUAACUUUGUCCUCCUCGGAGGAGUCGAUGGCAGCAUCGUCAAGACCGCCACCAUUGUAGCCCCGAAGCUGCCAGAGGAUGAAGAUACAUACAUCUUCAAGCCAAUCUCUCAUUUCUUCGAGAGCGUCUUCAAAGUGGCCGUGGAGCCUAUCAACCCGUCGGAACUCCCAAAGAUGUUGGACGGCCUUCGCAAAAUCAACAAAUCAUAUCCCCUCAUCACCACCAAAGUCGAAGAGAGCGGUGAGCACGUUGUUCUCGGCACCGGCGAGCUAUACAUGGAUUGUGUCCUCCACGACCUCCGCAAACUCUACGCCCAGAUGGAAGUCAAAAUCUCCGAUCCCGUGACGCGCUUCUGCGAAACCAUCGUCGACCAAAGCGCCAUCAAAUGCUACGCCCUCACGCCCAACAAAAAGAACAAACUCACCUUCGUCGCCGAGCCACUCGACGAAGGCAUCGCCGAAGACAUUGAGACAGGGCGCGUCAGCAUCCGCGACCCCGUGCGCAAAGUCGGCAAAUUCUUCGAAGACAACUACGGCUACGAUCUCCUCGCCAGCCGCAACAUCUGGGCUUUUGGCCCCGACGACCGCGGCCCCAACAUCCUUCAAAACGACACGCUCCCCUCCGACAUCGACCCGAAGCUCCUCCGCGGCGUGCGCGACGGCAUCCGGCAAGGCUUCGCCUGGGGCACGCGCGAAGGCCCGCUCUGCGAAGAGCCAAUCCGCAACGCCAAGUUCAAACUCACCGAUGUCGAGCUCGCGUCGGAAGCCAUCUUCCGCGGCGGCGGGCAAAUCAUCCCCACCGCGCGCCGCGCCUGCUACUCCUCCUUCCUCAUGGCCGGGCCGCGCCUCAUGGAGCCCGUCUACGCCUGUACCAUGCUCGGCCCCGCCAGCGCAGUAAGCAGCCUGUACACCGUCCUCGCGCGGCGGCGCGGACACGUGCUAAGCGACGCGCCCGUCCCGGGGACGCCGCUGUACAGCGUCAAAGGCCUCAUCCCCGUGAUCGACAGUUUCGGCUUCGAGACGGACCUGCGCAUCCACACGCAAGGCGCCGUCACGCUGUCGCUCGUGUUCGACCGCUGGAAUAUCGUGCCCGGGGACCCGUUGGAUCGCAGCGUGGUGUUGCGGCCGCUGGAGCCGGCGAGCGCGCAGGCUACCGCGCGGGAUUUCGUGCUCAAGACGCGGCGGCGCAAGGGGCUAAGUGAAGAUGUGGGCGUGGGCAAGUUCUUGGAGGCGGACUUGUUGCGGCAGUUGAAGGAGACGGGGAUGUUGGAUGGAGGGGCGAGUUGA